AUGCCGGCGCCGUCGCCGGGAGUGAGCGUGGGCGCGCUCGCGAGGUGCGGGAACCCGUUCGCGCACACGCCGGCGUGGCCGAAGACGCAGCGGACGACGCCGGAGACGGCGGCGGCGGCGCGGCGCGCGAGAGGGAAGGGGUUCAUGUAUUUGAGAGACGAGGACGACGACGCGGACGCGGUGACGCCGGUGAGUCGGCGACGGGCGCCGGCGUCGGCGCCGGGACCGAGCGCGCGAGCGACGGCGAUGGCGCAGAGCCCGUUCGUGAUCAUGCAACGACACAUGGCGGGAUCGGCGACGCCGUACGCGAAUUUAGACGCGCCGGCGCCGGAUUCGGUGACGCUCACGACGGCGAGUGGGAAGAGCGUCAUCGCGCGCGCGAACGGCGCGAUUCGAACCGACGAGCAACCUAGAUUUGAUGACGACGACGAGGCGUACGAAGACGCGUUCACGUUUCGAGCCGCGAUCGAGACGCCGGCGACGACGAGAGCGGAGAGCGGGGGCGUGUUUACGUCGGCGGCGCCCAAGGGCUUGGUCUUUCAAACCGGCGGUGGUGCGAGCAUCGCGGUGUCUGAAGACGUAAAACGACGCGCGCGCGCGAUGUUUGCGGACGUUGAUGAAAACGACCCGUCGUCGUCUGGUCGAGAGCGACCGAGCGCCGCCGCCGCAACGCCGCCCGCGGCGAGCGGCGGCGGAGGUUUGGUGUUCCAGACCGCCGCGGGCGCGACUUUAGAGCUGAGCGAGGCGGCGUUGAAGAAGUCGCGCGCUUUUCUCGCGGAAGUCGGGAAUGAAAACACGCCAGUGCGUGCGGCGUUCCCGCAGCCGUCGUUCAAGACGCCGAAGUCGCUCCCGGCGGUUCGCAAGGCGCCAUCGAAGGCGCCCGGGUUCACGCCGCCGAUGAAGAGCACGACGGCUUUCACGCCGCCGAUGUCAAUACUCGGCGCGCGAACGGCGGCGAGUGCACCGCGACAAGCGAAGAGAUCGCGCCACGAUGGCACUGGUGCGUCCGUGGGUGUUGCCGUGCACGACUUAUUCGCCGCGCGCGUUCGCAUGGGCAUGAGAGCGCCGCUCUGCACAUUCUUCAAUAAUUUGCUCCCGUUUCAAGUUCGCCCAGCGUUCGUCGACACGUGCGUCGCGACGCUCAACGCCGAUACCGCGAAGUCAUUGCGCUUGCCAAGCGUCGAACGCGGCCUGGUUGGUUGGCGAGAGAUGCGCGAGUUGAUGAUUAAAGCCGGCGCGAGCGACGCGUCUCUGACGAACGAGUGGGUGGCGAAUGCGUACAAGUGGAUCGUGUGGACACAAGCAUGCAUGGCGCGAGCGUUUCCAGAAAAGUAUGCUUUCGGCGUCUUGAGCGAAUCCGCCGUGCUGCAGCGCAUGUUGUACAAGUAUGAACGCGAAAUUAACCGCGCGGAGCGACCGCACGUGAGGAGGAUUUUAGAAAAGGAUGAAAACCCAGGCGCGCCGGCAGUGUACGUCGUGAGCGCGAUUCGAUCGAUGACGACCGCUUCCGGUAUCGGUAAUGUACCUACGAUGUCAGAAAUCGAAAUUUCGGAUGGAUGGUAUAGCGUUCGCGCGCGGCUGGACGCGAAGCUUACGCGAGCGGUGCGCGAAGGACGCUUGCGCGUCGGGUACAAAAUAUUUGUUGUCGGUGCCGAGCUACGAGGUGUCACGGAUGCGGUGUCACCACUGUCGGACGAUGCAGAGAUGGCGUACGUAUGCCUGCACGUGAACGGCGCGCGGCUCGCGCCGUGGGAUGCGGCUUUGGGACGCGUCACGUACAAUCUCACGAUACCCCUGCGUUCAGUGGUGCCCGACGGCGGCGUCGUGCCGCGUAUGUUGAUUCAUGUCCGACACGCGUAUCCCAUGAUGCAUCAAGAACGUAGGGAUGCAGACAAGAACGUAUUGCGUUGCGAAAUCGCUGAGCGUCGAGCGCAUGCUGAAUGGCAGCGCGCUCGUGACAGCGUCUUGCACGAGUUGCAAGACGCAAUGCACAAUCGCAUCGGAGGUUGGGGCAGCGAAGUCGAUCAAGAGCGAGCGAUUCGCGAGGCGCUUCAAGAGAAGAAUCUAUACGAUCGUCGUACGAGCGCGGUUCUUCGUCUGAACGUUGUCGGCUUCAUGCCGUCGUCAAAGCACGAAUCAUAUCGAGGGCCGAUCACCCGCGGAUCGACGAGUGCGAUUCUUACGAUUUGGGACGCGGACGAAGCACUCGUCGAUGCGGCGCAGCCAGGACAGUCGUUUGCGGUGACGGCAAUCAAACCACGCGCGAACGCGUUUAUCGAGGGCGAGUUAAGUUUAUCCACCACGCGCUACACGCGUUGGACCCCGAUCCCGCAGGAAGAUAUUGCCGCGCAAAAACUCGAGCACAGCGAGCAUGAAUGGCGCUGCUUGAGCGUGCGCGCAGCCGUGGAUUUGGCUGACUUGUCGCGAUCGGGUCUAGUGCGCAAAGAAUUCGACGCCGUGGCGUGUACUUUACACUGCGGGCCUCCACGAUCGACACAACGCGGUCGACUGUCGCAAUGGAUAUUUUGCUUUGAUUCAUCCGUCCUCGAUUCGACGACUCCGAACGCGGCGCGUCCGCACCUUUUGGCGGUAGAGAUUACUGGAUACGACGAUGACAGCUUUGUCAAGGCGGAUGAUUGGAUGCCAUCCACGAAGUUAUUCACCGAAGCGCGGCACGAGUGUGGACCGCCGCUCGUUUUGCGAAAUUUGGAGUUCCAACAUUACGACGCGGACAACGGCGUCUACGUCGCGCGCGUGCCGAUCGAAAAUGUUUCGGUGACGUUAGCGGCGCAAACGCCAGGCAUCCAUCGCAUUUCGGUUGCGUCGCGCGAUUUGGAGCGAUUUUGUGGCUCGCGAGACGAUCGAUCGCGCUCGAUCAUCGCGUCGUUGAAGUCGCGCGCGAGAGCACUCACGGGCGUGCCCGAAAACGCCGAGUCUUUGGUGGACGAGAUGCCAUGGGACGAGGUUCACGCUUCGCAAGAACCCGCGUCGCAAUACGAUCCGCCCAGAUUGAGCAUGGACGACGAUUGGAACGAUGAGAACGCGCAAUCGCUCGCCGACGAGGCCGUUCGUCUCACGCGAAGCGCGAGCAAAGCGCCCGUCGUCGUGCCAACCCCGACGCCCCGCCGAACGCCGCGGCGUUCUAGCCGAGGAAGCGCGAGUCGUUGA